AGUGUUCAUUUAUAUACGUAGCACUGUAGGUAGUGCCCCUGGAGUUGUGUAGCUCGGCGGCCCUGGCUUGAAGCCUGGUACCCCCAGAGACCCACAUCGUAGACCAUGAAUUCCUCACCAGCAUCGAGCUGUCAUCGUGCCAAGCACUUACUGAGUGCCUCGUGGGGACUGGGUUCUAAGUGUCCUCCUGUGCCUCUGGAACAUGCAGUACAGGAUAAGCAGUUUGAGGUCGACUAUCCGCUGGUCAACACAGAUACAUCCUUUGACUGGUUUUCUCAGCUACCUUCUUGAUUCCAGAACUUCCAUGGCCCUCCUCUUUAUUAUCCAUUUCUAAUCUGGGGGAACUUCCUUUUUUCCCUUUCAGUUGCAGAGCUACUUUGCUGCAUGUGAAGAUGAGACCCCUGCCAUCCGGAACCACGACAAGGUCCUGCAGCGUCUGUGUGAGCACUUGGACCACGCCCUGCUCUAUGGGUAAGGAGGUGGCCUCUGGAGAGGACAGUACAGAGCAGCAGGGCAGGACCCCGAGCCCGUGAGUAGCCCUCAGAGGGAGGUCCCUAGCCUCGUCUGCCUUUUAUUUCUUCUUUCCCUUAGCAGAAAACGAUUUGUCUCACUCAGGUGGGCUGCAGACUGUCUGGGGUUAUCCCAGUAAUCCGUCUCUGAGCGGGCAUGAAUGACUGGGGAAAGGAUUAGCGACAGAUGAAAUGAUGGUGUGAAGGCCUGGUGGCUGCCUGGGGGUCCCGCUGGGAAUCCCUUGCUUUCAGCCUUGGGCUUCCUCCUGAUACGAAGGCUGGUGGACCAACUGACUGCAGCUUCCCAGGGUGGCCCCGUUUAGGUCAUAGCAGCUCCUGUCCUGUUUUCUCAGACUGCAAGACCUCUCAUCUGGCUACUGGGUGCUCGUGGUGCAUUUCACCCGGAGAGAGGCCAUCAAGCAGAUCGAGGUGCUGCAGCACGUGGCCACCAACCUGGGACGCAGCCGGGCCUGGCUGUACCUGGCCCUCAACGAGAACUCCCUGGAGAGCUACCUGCGGCUGUUCCAGGAGAACCUGGGUCUCCUGCACAAGUACUACGUCAAGACGCCCCCUACUUAGACUUGGCCCCCUACAUGCCUGACUACUACAAACCCCAGUACCUGCUGGACUUUGAAGACCGCCUCCCCAGCUCGGUCCACGGCUCGGACAGCCUCUCCCUCAACUCCUUCAACUCCGUCACCUCCACCACCCUGGAGUGGGACGACAGUGCCAUCGCCCCGUCUAGUGAGGAUUAUGAUUUUGGAGAUGUGUUUCCAGCAGUGCCGUCUGUACCCAGCACAGACUGGGAAGAUGGAGACCUCACAGACACUGUCAGUGGCCCCCGCUCUACUGCCUCGGACCCGGCCAGCAGCAAGGCUUCCACCAAGAGUCCCACCCAGCGCCACAACCCCUUCAAUGAGGACCAGGCAGAGACCGUGUCCUCCUCCGACACCACCCCUGUGCACACUGCCUCUCAGGAGAAGGGGGAGCCCCAUACCCCGGACUUGCCAGACACCUGCACAGAGCUCGAGGUCAUCAGGGUCACCAAGAAGAAGAAAAUUGGCAAGAAGAAGAAGCCCAGAUCGGAUGAGGAAGCAAGUCCACUCCACCCGGUCUCUACCCAGCACACGUGUGCCAGGCGGGGCAGUGGUGACACCCUCGUCAGCAGCCCAGGCCCCGGGCGGGUCUCCCCAGACAAGACCCUCUCCUCCGCCGGGGAGGAGACAGAGGGGCCCGGCAGCACAGCCGAGGGCAGCGAGCGCUCAGAGCCCGGCCAGGUGGGCCUGCUUAUCCCCGAGAUGAAGGACACCUCCAUGGAGUGCUUGGGGCAGCCCUUGAGUAAGGUCAUUGAUCAGCUCCACGGGCAGCUGGACCCCAGCACCUGGUGCUCCCACGUCGAGCCCCCCAACCAGUCCUUUCGGACUGGCUCUCCCGGGGACGCCCCGGAGAGGCCGCCAUUUUGCGACUUUAGUGAGGGGCUUCCAGCCCCAAUGGACUUCUACCGCUUUACCGUCGAGAGUCCAAGUACUGUUGCAUCAGGUGGCGGCCACCAUGACCCUGCAGGGCCUGGCCAACCGCUGCAUGUUCCUGGUAGCCCUGCGGCUGCUGGCCAAGAAGAAGAGGGAGGAGGACGAGGGCCGGGACAGGCGCCUCGGCCCCUAGAGGACACCCCGGGGGAGACGCAGGAGCCAGAGGCCCGGGAGCUGGAGACCCGGUUGCCCCUGGUCGGUGAGGGACCUGUGCCUGAGCAGGAGCCUGGGACCCAGGAAACUCUUUGCCAACUCAAGCGAGACCAGCCCAGCCCUUGUCUGAGCAGCGCCGAGGACUCUGGGGUGGAUGAGGGGCAGGGGAGCCCUUCGGAGAUGAGCCACUCGGCAGAGUUCAGGGUAGACAACAAUCACUUACUCCUGCUCAUGAUCCACGUGUUCCGAGAAAACGAAGAGCAGCUCUUCAGAAUGAUCCGGAUGAGCACGGGGCACAUGGAGGGCAACCUGCAGCUGCUGUACGUGCUGCUCACAGACUGCUAUGUCUACCUGCUCCGGAAAGGGGCCACAGAGAAGCCAUACCUGGUGGAAGAGGCUGUUUCUUACAAUGAACUUGACUACGUGUCGGUGGGCCUCGACCAGCAGACGGUGAAGCUGGUGUGCACCAACCGCAGGAAGCAGUUUCUGCUGGACACGGCGGACGUGGCCCUGGCCGAGUUCUUCUUGGCUUCUUUGAAGUCAGCCAUGAUCAAGGGCUGUCGGGAACCACCCUACCCCAGCGUCCUGACUGAUGCCACCAUGGAGAAGCUGGCACUGGCCAAAUUUGUGGCCCAGGAAUCUAAGUGUGACGCGACCACUGUUUCUGUGUGCUUCUACGGGCUCGUGCACUGGCAGGACCCCCAGGAUGAGUCCCUGGGCCGCAUCCCCUGCCACUGCUCACCCCCUGAGGGUGCCGUCACCAAAGAAGGCAUGCUGCAUUACAAGGCGGGCACCUCCUACCUGGGCAAGGAACACUGGAAGACGUGCUUCGUGGUGCUCAGCAACGGGAUCCUCUACCAGUACCCCGACCGCACUGAUGUCACCCCCCUGCUCUCAGUGAACAUGGGGGGGGAGCAGUGCGGUGGCUGUCGGAGAUCCAGCACCACGGACCGGCCCCACGCCUUCCAGGUCAUCCUCGCCGACCGGCCCUGCCUGGAGCUGAGCGCCAGCAGCGAGGCUGAGAUGGCUGACUGGAUGCAGCACCUCUGCCAGGCCGUGUCCAAAGGGGUCAUCCCCCAGGGGGUAACUCCCAGCCCCUGCAUCCCCUGCUGCCUGGUGAUCACGGAUGACCGCCUCUUCACGUGCCACGAGGACUGCCAGACCAGCUUCUUCCGCUCCCUGGGCACCGCCCAGCUGGCCGACAUCAGCACCGUCUCCACUGAACCGGGCAAGGAGUACUGUGUCUUGGAGUUUUCCCAGGACAGCCAGCAGCCCCUCCCACCCUGGGUCAUUUACCUGAGCUGCACAUCUGAACUGGACCGAUUCCUGUCUGCACUGAACUCCGGGUGGAAAACCAUCUACCAGGUGGACCUCCCCCGCAAGGCCAUCCAGGAAGCCUCCAACAAGAAGAAGUUCGAGGACGCCCUGAGCCUCAUCCACAGCGCCUGGCAGCGGAGCGACAGCCUGUGCCGGGGCAGAGCCUCCCGGGACCCCUGGUGCUGAGGCGGAGCUGGCGGGCGCCCUGGAGGGGCCGGAGAGGGAGGCGCGCGAGCGGCUGCUGGGGCCAGGCUCCCGCCCUGGUUCCCGGGCAGCAGAACCACCGAGAGGGGCUUGAGACAAGGUCUCCCUCCCAGGGACCCAG